AUGUCAUGCAGCCGGGUCCCAGGGUUGAGCGGGGGUCGGUAUUGUCACAUUCUUGCUGUGUCUGUCCUUUGUGCUGAUUGUCUGCCGUCUUCUCGACAGAUCGAGAAUGUGGACGCCUGCCUCAGUUUCCUGGACGCCAGAGGAGUGAAUGUACAAGGGCUCUCAGCAGAAGAGAUCAGGAAUGGCAACCUAAAGAGCAUCCUGGGUCUCUUCUUCAUCCUGUCACGUUACAAGCAGCAGCAGCAGCAACAGCAGCAGUACUACCAAUCCCUGGUGGAGCUCAGCCAGCAGACCAGCAGCCCCGUACCGUCCUCCAGCAGCCUCAAGACACAAGAGAUGCAGUCCAGUCUCACAGCACGAUAUGCAAGUCCUCCAGGCCACAGUGGAAUAGGGUCACCACAGAAGAAAAACACAAGGUUACCAGGCCCCUCCAGAGUACCUGCUGCAGGCAGCGGGGCAUCCAGGAGCCCGGGCUCAUCCAACCUCAACCGGCGCAGCCAGAGCUUCAACAGCAUCGACAAGAGCAAGCCUCUUCAGUAUGCCAGUGGCAACGACAGAGGUAAGGAUGGAAUAUUACUGUGUUUAGUAACACAACACACACUGUAACACUUUAGAAGCAAAGAUGGAGUUGGUAGAAGUUGAUAGUAGGAAGGGGCGACCAUUUUACAUUCUCCAUCCCAACCACUUGGUGGCACCACUGACUCAGACAGACAAUCCGAGGGCUGCAGAGAAGCCCAGUCCCUCACUGUGCCAGUCUUAACCAGUCUGCUGAAUCACCCUCGGUUCUUUAUUGCAAGUGACUUACAAUGGAUGCCAUUAAGUGGACAAAGUUUCACUGCGUGGCAAGAGCCAGUUGAGAGAAGACCGAAGGGGCAAAUUCAGGGAGCCGCUCUGCCAAACAUGAUGAAGCUAAUGAGAGUGAUUAUGCUUUUGAGAGAAGGGUCUCACAGUAGCUGCAAGUUAGUGUUUUUCUGUUUUUUUAAUACAUUAUUGAUUAUUCACAAAGGAAUAGUUGUUUUA